GUAAAUCAUGAUGAGGGAGGGCAUUCCUCACCAUUUCUCCUUCGAUGACGCCUUGGAACAUCGACUUGCUACCAUUCAGGUAUUCUGUUGAAGUAGUUAGUUGCCGCACCUCGGAUUACAAAGUGAAAGUGGAACCCGAAGAGGAAGAAGAAGAGGGCAAGAGCAUAUCCUCGAAGUGCUCGCUACAUCUCAUCCGCUAAUGCUUAUUACCCCGAUAUCAGUGAGAGUCUAAUGCUUAUUACCCCGAUAUCAGUGAGAGUUAGGCUUUGAUUUCUACUUUCACUCCCAUAAGUGCUGAUUAUGGGCGCUUCAGAGUCUACCUUCUCAAACUCCGAGAGGCCAGAUGACAAAAUUACCACCGUAUCAGAGAGAUCGGAGGCCGCUGACCCCAUUUUGGAGAAACUCAAAUCGCUCAAAAUUACAUCGCCCAUAUUGACGUCUCCCCCAGCAGAGAGUAGCUUAACUGAUAUUUUACUGAGGAAGCCUUCGUCGUCGUCGGUUUCAGCUAUUGUAAAUCCAAAGAUUCUACUGGAUCUCUUCUCAAUGUACCGUGAUUGGCAGGAAGAGAAAGCUCAGAAGAUAAGCAAAAGGCAGGAGGAGAUAGAAAACAAAAUAGAAGUUGCAGAUGCUUUGGCAGUUAAACUUCUUCAGCGAUUUAACCACUCAGUAUCUACAAUGAAGACCGCUUCACAACACCUAUCAGAAGUCCAUGCAUUGCAGGUGGAAAUUGGAGAGCUUAAAGGACGGUUGACUGAAGUUAUCAGUAAUUGUGAUGCACUGUGCAACAGAAUUACAGCAGAAGGCCCAGAAUCUCUCAAAUUAUCUAUGAAGCCUUUUACAAUUCAUAAAACUAGACAAGAAGUCUUAUCCAACACGCCUAAUUUGCAGACAGGUUUAAUUAGAAAUCCACCUUCAGAAGAAGAAAGGUCAAAUUGACAUGUUUGAUUCCUGUAUACGUCGAGGAUUUCUACGUUCUUACUGAACUUGAUGUUUUGCUGCCACACCGACUCACAAGCCUUAUUUGCGAUGGAAAUACAAAAGGGCAAGGGACUACGUGGCCUUUGGAUUUGACAUGUCACAUGUAACCAGUGCCAGAUAUAGAGUGACUAUUUGAUUUAUUUCAUUUUGCAGAUUUCUUUUCCCAGUUAACUGGGUAAAUCACGAUGUAGCUGGGUAGCUGACAAACGUUUCAGUUGCAAGUGUGAUAGAAAAUUUUAGUAAUUUUCCUUUAAA